ACGAAUCUACAGUUGCGUAUAUUUACAGGACAGGAGGACCUUAUUGGACCUUACGUGUCAGUGAAUGUGAACGUGUCAGACGAAUUUUAAAACAGUUUUCGUAUAGAAAUCUUAAAGUGUAUGAUUUAUACAACGAAAUGGCAAGUCAGAAUUAUUUAAGUGAUCCAAAGAGUCCAUUCUUUUCUCUUGAAGAUGAUGUCGAUGAUGAAACCUUUUUAAAAAAUGCUCCACCGAGGUCUAUUAGUCAUACAGCUUACAAUCAAUAUACUAAUUACGACAACGAAUUCGAGCAUAAACGUCAACAGUUGUUACAGCGAAAAAAAGAGAUAGAAGACCGUACAAUACAAUCAUCAGAAAGGUCUAUUUCAUUAUUACGGGAUUCUGAGCAAAUUGGAGCUGCCACAGCAGAGGAACUUAUUAGGCAAAGGGAACAACUAGAAAGAACAGAAAAAAGAUUAGACGAUAUCAAUAGUACCUUAAGAUUUAGUCAAAAACAUAUCCAAGGAAUAAAAAGUGUAUUUGGAAGUUUAAAAAAUUAUCUGAGUGGUAAAUCAUUAGAUGCACCUAUACCAUCAACUAAAUUGUCAGAAUCGUCCAGUUCUGAGUCUAUGACAUCUCCUGCUCUAUCGAAUUCCUUAGAACAAGUUCAAACUAAUAUAUCUAAUACAAGUCCAGCAUUAAAAUUACGUGGUAUAUAUGAUGAAGAUGAAAGUAACAAUUCUGUGACUAACAAUGUGAGUAAGAUUUUAGAAAAGAAUUUAGAUGAGAUGAGUGGUUCAUUAGCUAGAUUAAAAGGUUUGGCAGUAGGUUUAUCAGAAGAAAUUGAUUUGCAAAAUGAUUUAAUUGAGAAUAUAACUGAUAAAGCAGAGAAAACUGAUAUAAUGCUUCAAAAACAAAACAAAGAUCUUACUCACUUACUGAAAAAAUAAAAGAAGAGUUUGAUGUAAAAAAAGUGUUCAUUAAAUUGCUUUUUGUAUACUUCAAAACUUCUAUAUAGUAAAGUGGAAAUAUGAUAUUGACUUAGUUAACUAUAAAAAUAUUGCAUAUGUUAUUUUACAUUUAAUUCAUUUCAUAUUAUGCUACAGUAUAGUAAUAUGUAAUUUUCAUAAGUUAUAACUCAUAUAAUUGUGCUAGUAAUUAGGGAUUAAAAAUUAGACUUGAAGUUUCACUAAAAAUUAGAAAGCAUAGCUUAGUCGUUUUUUUCUGGUUCCCUGAAUCUACAGAAUCUAAUACAAUGAUUUUUAAAUGACAACUUGAAAAAUUAAAAAAGUGUUAAGUACAAAUGUUUUAAUUUUAGAAUAUUAAAUUAACUUUAAUUUUUUGAUUUAUUUUAAAAAUAAGUAGUAAAAGUUAAAACAGAUUGUUUAUAGAGUAGCGUUCAUUUCAUGCAUAAGUAAAUUUUAUCAAUCAAAUUCAAAUGCUGUGAUAAAAAUCAAUCUGCAUAAAAAAUGAACAUUGGAAUUUAACAGAAAUUUAAUAUCGUUAUUGAUUUUUGUUAAUGUUAUGAGGAGGUGAGAGUAACUAUCAACAAGACUUAAUUAAAAAAAAAGUAUUGAACACUAAAUACACAUUUGUUAAACUCUCUUUGUAAAUUAUUUGUAGAUAUUUCAUUCUUUACACUUAUGAAAUAAGAUAAUUCAUAUAAAUAGUAAUAAGUAAAUGUUUCAUUGUAGAGAAAAUUAAAUGAAUAAGAAAUGUAACUGCAAAAAAGGCAUUUUGUCCAACGUUAUUUUAAAUGUAAUAAUAUCAGAGACAUCAGUUUUGUAAUAUUAUUGAAAAGUUUUUUAAUUAUGUAUUAUACACUAAAUUAUUUCACUUGAUGUACUUUGAAAGAUUGUAUUAAUUUAAGUCAUUGCAAUUGAAGAUAUGAACAACACUUUUUUAAUUAUAUGUAUAUGUCUUUUCUUAAGAUAAUUAAUUGUUAUAUAAAAUGUACAAAUAUUUUUGCAAAUUAUAUUUACAUUACUCAUAUAGUUUGUAUUGUUUAUAUAAUCACGAAUUUAUAAUCAGGAAUAGAUUAAGACAUUCAACAGCUGAAUCUGGAAAUUGUUCGCUGGUUUCAGUGAUGUAAAAAGUAAUAAAAGGAAUCAAUUUUACCAUAUUUUAUUUCUAAAUUAUUUUAGUAAGUGCGACACAACUUGUGACAUAAAUGAAUUUAAUUAUCGUUCUAUAUACUUUCAAUAAAGUGUCUUUAUUGUAAAAUAUGCAAUCAUUGAAUAAAACACUUUAUUUUACAAAAAUCUUUU